UCUCCUGUGACGAAGAUGGUUAACCCACGUGUGUUUUUCGACGUGUCCAUUGGUGGCGCUGCCACAAAGCGGAUUGUUAUGGAGUUGUUCGCGGAUGUGACUCCCAAGACGGCGGAGAACUUCAGGUGCCUGUGCACAGGGGAGAAGGGCAAGGGCCGUAAGGGCAAGCCCCUCCACUACAAGGGUAGCACCUUCCACCGCAUCAUUCCUCAAUUCAUGCUCCAGGGCGGUGACUUCACCGAUGGAAACGGCACGGGGGGGGAAUCAAUAUAUGGUGAAAGGUUCGCAGACGAGAACUUCACUCUGAACCACGACAAGCCAUACCUUCUGUCCAUGGCGAAUGCCGGCCCGAACACCAACGGCUCGCAGUUCUUCAUCACAACAGUCAACUGCGACUGGCUAAACGGCAAGCACUGCGUCUUCGGGAAAGUCAUCGACGGGAUUGACGUCGUCAAGACGAUCGAGAAAGUAGGCACCAAUUCGGGAAAGCCACAGCAGACUGUCACCAUCGCGGACUGCGGACAGCUGUCUUAA